AUGAGACCAACGUUGAGGAAGGCGGUGUUGAUCACGCUGUUGGGCCGGGACCAGCUCAGCCGAAAGCACAGGUCAGUGUGGGUCCAGAGACGGUUUAAGUCCCAAAAGCAGGCAGGGGAGUUCCACCGUCUUCGACUGUUUGGAGAGGAAUUCCGAAGUUACUUUAGUCUGGACCGAAGCCAGUUCGAUCACCUGCUCCAGAUGGUUGAAGCCAGGAUCGCCCGGAUGGAUACCAACUACCGGGAGUACAUCAGCCCAGUUGAACGCCUGACGAUUUGUCUCUAG